AUUUCAUUGGACUGAUUGAGCGGCUAAGUUCGAAAAACUUAGUAUGGCAACAGACGGCCCUCUAAAGACUCUUUUUAAUAACAUAAACAAGAAGAAGGCAGGGGAGACAAAGGCUUCAGCGAUGGAUUCUGAAAAUACAGACAUCGUGCAUUUACCGGGAGAUGCUGAUGGAGGCAAAGGGAAGAACAAAAGACUUUCAAUUGAGAGGAUCUAUCAGAAGAAGUCACAGUUGGAACACAUUCUACUCCGUCCAGAUACAUACAUUGGUUCUGUAGAAUCUGUUACUCAGGCCAUGUGGGUAUUUGACUCUGACUUGGAUCAGAUGGUUUUGCGAGACAUCACAUUUGUCCCUGGACUGUACAAAAUUUUUGAUGAAAUCAUAGUGAAUGCAGCUGACAACAAACAGAGGGAUCCUAGCAUGAACACAAUUAAAAUUGACAUUGAUGCUGAGAACAACAAAAUAAAGAUUUGGAACAAUGGAAAGGGUAUCCCUGUCAUUGAACACAAAACAGAAAAGAUGUAUGUGCCAACAAUGAUAUUUGGGCAUCUUUUGACAUCCAGCAAUUAUGAUGAUAGCCAGAAAAAAGUAACAGGUGGAAGAAAUGGGUAUGGUGCCAAGUUGUGCAACAUUUUCAGUAAGAAAUUCAUUGUGGAAACAUCUUGCAAGGAUUAUCACAAAGCUUUUAAACAGACAUGGAUUGACAACAUGGGGAAGACAAAGGAACCCACCAUUACAGAUGCCAAGAAUGAUGAUUUCACCUGCAUUACUUUCUUCCCUGAUUUGGAAAAGUUUAAAAUGACGAGUCUGACUAAAGACAUGGUGGAUUUAUUUACACGUAGGGCAUAUGAUGUCGCUGGUUCAUCCAAAGGGGUGAAGGUUUUCCUCAAUGGCAAAAGACUUCCUGUAAAAAAUUUCAAGGACUACAUUGGCCUAUACCUCAAAGAUAAAACAGAUGACAAUGGACAGCCAUUGCCUGUCAUUCAUGAGGUUGCCAAUGAACGAUGGGAAGUAGCUGUAACCUUAAGUGAAAAAGGAUUCCAACAAGUCAGCUUUGUUAAUAGCAUUGCUACUACCAAGGGAGGACGCCAUGUAGAUAAUGUUACAGACCAAGUUGUGUCCAAACUUAUAGAUGUUGUGAAGAAAAAGAAUAAAGGGGGUGUUGCCAUUAAACCCUUUCAAGUGAAGAACCAUAUCUGGAUAUUUGUGAACUGCUUGAUAGAGAAUCCUACCUUUGACUCACAAACUAAAGAAACAAUGACUCUUCAAGCCAAACAGUUUGGAUCAAAAUGUGCUCUUUCUGAGAAAUUCAUUAAUCAGGUCAGCAAAUGUGGAAUUGUUGACAACAUAUUGAGUUGGAUGAAGUUCAAAGCACAAACUCAGUUGAAUAAAAAACUAACAUCAAGUAAAACCACCAAACUGAAAGGUAUACCCAAGCUAGAUGACGCCAAUGAUGCAGGAACGCGGAAUUCCAGAGAUUGUACCUUAAUCCUGACUGAGGGAGAUUCAGCCAAAACUUUGGCUGUUGCUGGAUUGGGAGUAGUUGGGAGGGACAAAUUUGGAGUUUUUCCCCUUAGGGGUAAAGUUCUCAAUGUACGAGAAGCCACUCAUAAACAGAUCAUGGACAAUGUUGAAAUCAACAAUGUGAUCAAAAUCAUGGGCCUUCAGUUUAAGGAGAAGUAUAAUGACCCUGAUACACUGAGGAACCUGAGGUACGGUAAACUGAUGAUCAUGACCGACCAGGAUCAGGACGGCUCUCACAUCAAGGGACUUCUCAUCAACUUUGUUCACCAUUUCUGGCCCAAUCUGCUCAAGUACAAUGUGCUUGAAGAGUUCAUCACUCCCAUUGUCAAGGUCACAAAAGGAAAAACAGAGCGGUCAUUUUACAGCUUGCCUGAAUUUGAGGAAUGGAAAAGAGAAACAGAGAACUGGCACACUUACCGAGUCAAGUACUACAAAGGUUUGGGUACCAGCACAUCUAAAGAGGCUAAGGAAUACUUCAGUGAUAUGGAGCGUCACAAGAUUCCGUUUAAGUACACAGGGGCAGAGGAUGAUGCUGCAAUUAACCUGGCUUUCAGCAAGAAGAAGGUCGAGGAUAGGAAAGAAUGGCUGACAAGCUGGAUGGAAGACAGAAAACGCAGAUCAGAGAUGGGUUUGCCUGAGAACUAUUUGUAUGGAAAGGCCACCAAGUCCAUUUCUUACAAUGACUUCAUCAAUCGGGAGUUGAUUCUCUUCUCCAAUGCAGAUAACGUACGAUCCAUUCCUUCCAUGGUGGAUGGACUUAAACCGGGUCAACGAAAGGUUGUUUUUACUUGCUUGAAGAGGAACUUGACAAAAGAAAUCAAAGUUGCUCAGUUGGCAGGGUCUGUGGCAGAGAUGUCUGCUUAUCACCAUGGAGAGGUUUCUCUGAUGAAUGCCAUCAUCAAUUUGGCCCAGAAUUUCAUUGGUUCAAACAAUCUGAACAUCCUGCAGCCCAUUGGACAGUUUGGAACUCGGCUGCAUGGUGGUAAAGAUGCUGCCAGCCCUCGAUACAUCUUUACAGCUCUCAGCCCAUUAGCAAGAAUGUUGUUCAACAUAAAUGAUGAGCCUUUGCUAAAGCACAAUUUUGAUGACAACCUGAAGAUUGAGCCAGAAUGGUAUUGUCCAAUUAUUCCCAUGGUGCUAGCAAAUGGUGCAGAUGGAAUUGGAACAGGGUGGAGCACCAAGAUACCUAACUUUGAUAUUCGAGAAAUUGUUGCCAAUCUCAAAAGAAUGUUAGAUGGAGAAGACCCACUUCCAAUGGUACCGAGCUACAAGAAUUUCAAGGGGACUGUGGAGGAACUGAGUGAUAAUCGGUUUGUUGUCAGUGGGGAGGUGGCCAUUAUUGAUGAUCAAACAAUCGAGAUUACAGAACUGCCCAUCAAAACAUGGACACAGAAUUACAAGGAGGAUGUACUGGAACCUAUGUUGUAUGGAACAGAAAAGACUCCAGCAAUGAUCACGGAUUUCAAGGAGUACCACACAGAUGCUACUGUGAAGUUUGUGAUCAAGAUGACCCCUGAGAAGUUAGCAGCUGCAGAGGAGCAGGGACUCCACAAAGUGUUCAAGUUACAGUCCAACAUCUCCUUAAAUACAAUGGUGUUGUUUGACCACAAUGGAUGUAUCAGAAGAUACGAGCAGAUCACUGAUAUUCUAAGAGAAUACUAUGAUCUACGUCUGGGUCUCUACCAGAAACGCAAGGAAUACAUGGAAGGAUUGUUGGCAGCAGAAGCUAGCAGAUUGGAGAACAUUGCCAGAUUUAUCAUGGAGAAAAUUGAUGGCCUUAUUACUAUUGAAAACAAGCCAAAGAAAGAGCUCAUCCAGAUGUUGGUGAGGAGAGGCUAUGACUCAGACCCUCUGAAAAGAUGGAAGGAACUGCAGGCUAGAGAAAAUGAGGAGGGAGAUGAAGAAGAAGAUGAUGAGAGUUCAGCCUCGGGAUCCUCAGGGGGCCCAGACUUCAACUACAUCCUCAACAAUCCUCUAUGGUGUCUGACAAAGGAAAAGAAGGAGGAUCUACUCAAACAGAGAGAUGAAAAGAAAGCAGAACUGGAGAGUUUGAAGAAGAAAACUAAAGAGGACUUGUGGUUGGAUAAUUUGGAAGAAUUCAUGAAAGGUCUUGAAGAGUUGGAGCAAAAAGAGAAAGAGGAUGAAAUGCAGGCACAAAACAAGCCUGUUAAAAUCAAGGGGAAGGGCGUCAAGGCCCGCAAAGUGAUGGAGCAGAUCAAUCAACCCUCCCCAAUGGGUCGACGAAUAGUUCCUAGAAUUGACACAGCCAUGAAAAAGCAAGCUGAUGCUGCAGCCAGUAAACGUUUAAAGACAAAAAUAAAGAAAGAAGCCAAGAAUUUGAUGGAGAAUUUUGACAAGGAAGAUGAGGAGGAGGACAUGGAACAAUUAAGUUUAGCAGAUCGAUUAGAGAAAAAGACCGGCAUCAAAUCUCCCACGAAAGUCAACGGAGAAGUCAAGACUGAAGAUGCUGAACAACCAGCAAAAAAGAAACGAAUACGCAAACCCAAAGAUACCUCCGGAAGCCCCAAGAAGAAAGGGAAUAAAGGGAAAAAGAGGAAUCCUUGGUCUGAUUCAGAAGAAUCAAAUGAUGACAUGUCAGGCUCAGAUCUAGAUGGCAGCUUUAUGGAAAAUUUCCAGCCUAAAAAAGAAAGACCAAAACGAGAAAAAUCUAAGGCAACUAAGUACAGUUUUGACUCGGAUGAGGAGGCUAUUAAGUCUGACAGUGAUGAAGAGUUUGUAGCUGUAAAUAAUGAGGAAGAGGAUCCAGUAGUGAUGAGCUCAGAAGAUGAAGCACCUGUUUCUAAGAAAUCAAACCCUGUCAUAGAAGAUGAUCACUCACCCAUCAAGGCUACUAAGAAAACUAAAGCCAAGAAAACUGCUAUGGAGUUUCUGGAUUCCUCAGAUGAAGGAGAGGGAGAAUCUCAGAAGUCAGAUGCCCUGACAUGGAAGUCAGCCACUUCACAAGAUUCAGCUCCCACAGUGGUUAGUGAUGAUGAAGAUGAUAAGAUGGAGAAUGAUAUUUUUAAGACAAUAUCAGAGCCUAAAGCAGCCACCAAGAAACCUGCAGCAAAGAAGAAGCCAGCAGCCAAAAAAGCGGACCCCAAGCAGCCAUCUAUAGCACAAGCAUUUAAGUCAAAUGAUGAGACCAAACCAAAACAGCGAAAAUUGUUAAACACAAAGAAGCCUGUCCUUACAAUCUCUGAUGAUGAGGAGGAAGAUGUCAUUAUGUCAGAAAAACCACCCAAGGAGGCUAAGCCUAAGAAGGCAGCUAAACCGAAGAAAAAGUCCACAGAUGAAUCUGAUGGUGAAAGCAAACCGAAGAAGACAAACAAGAAAAGACCAGCCAAGAAUUUCUCAGAUAGUGAUUUCUCAGAGGAAGAAUUCCUGCCCAAGAAAGCAGCAGGGAAAAAGAAGAAGAAGUCCGAGACUGAUGAUGAUGAUUUCCUAUUAGAGGAGGACAUGCAAGUAGAUGUGGCACCACGCGCUAGAGCUGGGGGACGAGCAAAGACCUCAGUCAAGUACAACUUCGGAGAUUCCUCAGAAGAUAGUGACUUCUAAGAAAAAGAAUAAUUUCAUAGGAAAGAUCAAUUUCAUUAGAAAACAUGUCUGUUUUAUUAUUUUUUUUAAACGAACAAUUUUAACAUUAAUGUGAGAAAAAUGAAUUUUCAUAUGUACAUUUGCUGGUCAUAUUUUUGCCAUUGUUGGAGAGAUUCAUUGUGCAUUUUCUCUUUGACAAAGUUAUUUUAGUGAUUAUUUAUUUAGAUGGACAGAGAGCGAGUAAGAAGAGAGUAAUUGGAUGUUUUUUGUCAAAUUCAUAAAUGUCUCCUCAUGACCAAUAUUCUUUACAUUUGUUUAGCAAGACUGUUUUGUUUCUCUGUAUCUUAAAUCUCCUGUUCUAUUUUCAUAUCUUUCAUCAUUUUUUAAAUGUUGAUGUCUGUAGAGAAAAAAUACAUUUGUGUCAACUCA